AUGGAUGGAUCUUUGGCAAAUCUUUGUGUCACACGUCGAUGCCUGGCUAACCAGCUGGUUGCACUGGAGCUUUUCAGUCCUCCUAUGCCUCCGGAAUGUACUGUUACAGUGAAUCUCACAUCCAUUCAAUACGAGACACUGUCUGUGGAUACCAAAGCCCUGCGCUUCUCGAGUCGCAUUAGAAUUGACAUGGAAUGGAACGACCCAGACCUUGCAUGGAAUGAUACAGAGUACAAUUUUAAAGAAAUUAUGCUGCCAGUUGACAAAAUCUGGACCCCUGAUCUAACCGUAAACAAUGCAAUCCAGACAGAUGUGAAGCCGGUCUCUACUGAUAUACUGGUGAAAUGUGAUGGCACGGUGCAACAUGCUAUCCAGUUGUACACUACCGUGGUGUGCGGAAUCAACCUUUUUACCUACCCUUUUGUAAAAGAUGCAUGUCCAGUUGCGCUUAAUGGAUGGACAGAAAACAGUUGUGGCCUACGUUUCAUAUAUGGGUCUGUAUCUCCAGUGGGAGCGAGUCGAGGUGAAUGGAUUACUAUGUCAGUUGUGCUACAUCAGGACAAGCAACACGACGACCGCAACUAUCUCUAUGUCACUAUGUCCACCAACCCAUUCAACACUAUAGUGACGCUCGUUCUCCCCAGUGUGCUCAUCAUGUUAGCUGAUAUGGGGAGUUUUGCUCUGCCACUGGAAGGUGGAAAACGCAGCUCGUUUAAAAUCACUCUGGUGCUCAGCUUUACCAUGUCCCUGUUCAUACUUACUGACAACCUGCCUGACACUGGCCUCUGCAGCCCCCUGAUCCGUUAUCACUUUUGUUUCUGCUUGAUCGUUUUGGGUUUGAGCUUGCUGUUAUCCAUGAUGAUCUCAAGAUUUGCAGACUCUGGCCCCAUCUUCUCCUGCAGGAGCUCAAAAAAGCAGAAAAUAUGCAACGACAGUCGCAAAGAUGAGAUAAACAUCAGUGGUGAAGACGAGAUAAAAAAGGGUAGGAUUUCCACUAAAGGAGAUUAUGUGUGA